AUGACAAAGUCCUACGAGUUCAACUGGCAGAAGCACCUGCCGGAGUUCAUGCAGGAAGGCGCCUCCUUCGACAGAUUUGAUGAGGACCCAUACAUCUUUGAGCCCAAUUGUCAGAUGAGGGUGGACGAAUACGGCUUUUUCAUCACCUGGAAGAGUGAGGGAAAGGAAGGCCAGGUGCUCGAGUGUUCGCUCAUCAACAGUAUUCGUGUUGGUGCUGUCCCAAAGGACCCAAAGAUCUUGUCAUCAUUUGAGGCCAUUGGAAAGACGGAGGCAGACUUGGAGGGCUGUAUCAUCUGCAUCUGCAGCGGCACAGACCUGGUCAAUCUGAACUUCAUGUUCAUGGUGGCAGAGAGCCCAGACACAGCCAGGAAGUGGAUCGAGGGUUUGAGGUCAGUGAUUCACAACUUUAAAGCCAACAACGUCUGUCCAAUGACCUGCCUCAAGAAACACUGGAUGAGAAUGUGCUUCCUGACCAAUGUGAAUGGGAAGAUCCCUGUGAGAGGCAUUACACGGACAUUUGCAUCAGGGAAGACGGAGAAGGGGAUUUUUCAGGCUCUGAAGGAUCUGGGCCUUCCUAGUGGAAAGAACGAUGAGAUUGAACCAUCAGAUUUCACCUACGACAUUUUCUACGCGCUCACACAGAAGAUCUGCCCUCGCACAGACAUAGAGGAACUCUUCAAGAAAAUCAAUGGGAACAAAACUGAUUAUUUAACUGUAGACCAGUUAGUCAGCUUUCUGAAUGAAAACCAGCGUGACCCAAGGUUAAAUGAGAUUCUCUUCCCAUUCUACGACCCUAAGAGAGCCAUGCAGAUCAUCGAGAAAUACGAGAGAGAUGAAGGGCUGAAGAAGAAAGGUCACAUGUCCAGUGAUGGGUUCUGCCGGUACCUGAUGUCAGAUGAAAAUGCUCCAGUUUUCUUAGACCGGCUGGAGCUGUACCAGGAAAUGGACCAGCCACUAGCCCACUACUUCAUCAGCUCUUCCCACAACACUUAUCUGACAGGCCGGCAGUUUGGAGGGAAGUCCUCAGUAGAGAUGUACCGCCAAGUCCUACUGUCUGGAUGCAGAUGUGUGGAGCUGGACUGCUGGGACGGGAAAGGAGAGGACCAGGAGCCCAUCAUCACUCAUGGCAAGGCCAUGUGCACGGACAUCCUGUUUAAAGAUGUUAUCCAAGCCAUCAAGGAGACGGCAUUCGUCACUUCAGACUACCCUGUUAUUUUGUCCUUCGAAAAUCAUUGCAGUAAACCACAGCAGUACAAGAUGGCCAAAUAUUGUGAGGAGAUCUUUGGCGACCUCCUCCUCAAACAGCCUCUGGAGAACUAUCCGAUUGAAGCAGCGCGCCCCUUACCCUCUCCGAAUGACCUCAAACGUAAAAUCCUCAUCAAAAACAAACGUUUGAAACCUGAAGUGGAACAGAAGCAGCUAGAGGCCUUUAAGAAACACAUGGAGGCAGGAGAGACCAACACCUCUGCCAUCAUCAUGGGAGAGGAGAAUGAAGAAGACACAGAGAACGGAGAAAAAGACGCAGAGGAUAAGGAUUUGAAUUCAGAGGCCCCCAGUCUGUCAGAGGCAACCAGUGAGAAAGACACCAACAGUGUUUCCCAGAGUAACACUGUCAGCAUGAGCAAAGAAGAAGAGCGCAGUAACAGUAUCAAGAAGGUGCCUGAUGAUGAAGUGACUGAGAUUUCUGAAGCGACAGAUGCCACAGAUAUCUCUGAAGCAUCUGACCAAGACAAUAACAAGAAGGGUGGGGAUGUGGCAGAAGACUCUGAAGAGGCCCUUAUAGCUCAGUACACCUAUGUAGGAGCCACCACCAACAUCCACCCCUAUCUCUCAGCCAUGGUCAACUACGCACAGCCUGUCAAGUUCCAGAGCUUUGAUGUGGCAGAGGAAAGGAACAUCCACCAUAACAUGUCAUCCUUUAACGAGUCUGUCGGCCUGGGUUAUCUGAAGACUAAUGCCAUAGAGUUUGUCAACUACAACAAGCGUCAGAUGAGCCGUAUCUACCCCAAAGGGGGGCGGGUGGAGUCCAGUAAUUACAUGCCUCAGAUCUUCUGGAACGCAGGCUGCCAGAUGGUCUCACUCAACUUCCAGACCCCAGACCUGGCCAUGCAAUUGAAUCAGGGAAAAUAUGAGUACAACGGUUCCUGCGGGUACCUGCUGAAGCCCGACUUCAUGCGACGGUCAGACAGGAUGUUUGACCCUUUCUCAGAGACACCAGUGGAUGGUGUCAUUGCUGCAACCUGCAGCGUACAGGUGUUCUCUGGACAGUUCCUGUCAGAUAAGAAAAUUGGCACAUACGUUGAAGUCGACAUGUACGGGCUGCCGACGGACACCAUCCGGAAGGAGUUUCGCACACGUAUGGUGAUGAACAACGGGCUGAACCCCGCCUACAAUGAGGAGCCUUUCGUCUUCAGAAAGGUGAUCUUACCGGAUCUGGCAGUACUGCGCAUCGCAGUCUACGACGACAACAACAAGCUGAUUGGCCAGCGCAUCCUGCCUCUGGACGGCCUGCAGGCUGGCUACCGUCACAUCUCGCUGAGGAAUGAGGGCAACAAGCCCCUAUCGUUGCCCACCAUCUUCUGCCAAAUCAUCCUCAAGACCUACGUGCCCGACGGAUUCGGAGCAAUUGUGGAUGCUCUAUCGGACCCAAAGAAGUUCUUGACCAUAGCAGAGAAGAGAGCCGACCAGAUGAAGGCCCUGGGGAUUGACACGAAUGACAUAGCAGACGUUCCCAGUGGAAGCUCAAAGAACGACAAGAAGGGAAAGGGUAAAGGAGACACUGUGAAGGCCAGUGUGACACCACAGGCCAGCUCAGACAUGGCCCAGACCUCCAACUCCGCACAGAAUAACACAGCAGAAACCAAGAAGGACACUGCACUCGUGCCUAAUGUCAGCAUUGAUGACUUAAAACAAAUGAAGACGUACCUUAAACUGAUUAAAAAACAACAGAAGGAGCUCAGCGCUUUAAAGAAGAAACACUUAAAGGAUCAAAAUAUAAUGCAGAAAGCUCACUGCACCCAGGUGGAGAAGAUAGUGUCUCUGCAUGAUAAGGAGAGGACAACCCUGGAGAAACUACUAGAGAAAGCCAUCAAGAAACGUGGAGAAAACAACUGCCAAGAGCUGAAGAAGGAGACAGAAGAUAAGAUCCAAACACUAGUCACUGAUCACAAAGCCAAGGUAAAGGACAUCACAGCACAACACACUAAAGAGUGGUCAGAACUGAGCAGCAGUCACGGCAGCGAGGAGCAGGAGAUGAAGGACAGCCACGUCACACAGCAGUGCGAACACCUCAAGAAACUCCUGGCCACCGUCCAGGAGCAGCAGACCAUGCAGCUCAAACUCAUCCAUGAACGGCAAAGCAAAGAGAUGCGUGCCAACCAGGCCAAGAUGUCCAUGGAAAACAGUAAAGCCAUCAGCCAGGACAAGACCAUCAAAAACAAGGCAGAGAGAGAGAGGAGAGUGCGAGAGUUAAACAGUAGCAACACCAAGAAGUUCCUGGAUGAAAGGAAGAGGCUGGCUAUGAAGCAUCAGAAGGAGAUGGAGCAGCUACAGAAAAACCAGAGAGAACAGUUGGAGAAACUGGAGAAGUUCAAUGAGCAGCUUUUGAAAUCACACCAUGCAAACAAACAGGUUCAAGGCCAAGGACAUGCAGCAGAUGGUGAAGCUGGAGGAGGAGAUGGACCGCAGACCUGCCACGGUGGUGUGAGCGACUGAGACUGAGACACACACCCACACGUAUACAUGCACACACACACACACACACACACACACACAAGUGCAGAAACACUCCACCACAGUUAGCCCUCAAACAACCCAGAGACGAAAAACCCUGCCUACAUCACUGUCUCUGUACUUCUGUCAUGCUCACACACAAACACACAGUAGCUCUCUUCACCUCUUUUUUUCUUCUGUUCAUUCACCUGCUCACCCUGUCCUCUAAACCCUUACCCCACCCACUAACUUUACACCACUGAGCCAUUGGUGCUUAUCACUGUUUGACAGGGGGUUUAACCACUUAUCGAGUAAGGAAAUGUUACCUCGGAGAUGAAGCGACAGAGUCAGACGCAUCCCCUCCUCCAUUGCAUGUAGAUCUAAAUUUUCUAUCACCCUCACUGUUCUCUGUGAUCUACGGGCAACACAGCUGCAGCUAUUGGUGGGGACACACACACACACACAAACACGUUCACUCAUGGGUCGGAUGAAGUGGACAUCCGUUCCCUUUUUGACUUGUUUUUAUUUUUUAUUUUUUAAAUCGGUACCCAAUUAACAGCUCCAGAGACAGCGUGGAUGAGGGGAGAAGAAUAUGUAUAAGAUUUGUCAUUUCAGCACAGAUGAAUAAACUUUGUGAAAUACACUGUACGCUACACACCAGUCCUGUCCUGAGCACUUUGUAUGUAAUAGGCCAUCAUAACAAUGUGGAAAAUGUAGCAGUGCACUACUAGAACUACUAGUUUUCUGUAUUUCAGUAAGAAUGUAUUUUUAAAAAAAAAUCACUGUAUGAAGGAGAAGCAAACCCCCAGUGUCGCCUAAUCCUACAAUGCAAGUUGUUUGACUUCACAAAAGAGGUAUUAUUGACUUUUUUUGUUGUUCAACAAUGUUACAGAUGAGUAUAAAAAGGCUUAUUAUAAAGUUGAGUAGGAAGACUGUAAAGGGAACAGGGGAUACUGCUCACUUUAUCGUGGCUGAUUCCUGUCAAAUGUACUUUUAAUCAUUAGGCUAUACCCAACCCAAGAGAUGGUGUAAUAUCUGUGCCUCACUUCCCCUUAAAAAUGACAUACUGUAGUCAUUUCUAUUUUUUAAAAUUUACUUAUAGUCAAUUUUCACAAGUUUACAACUGCAAAACUCUUUAAUACAACAUUCUAUACUCAUCAUUUGUGGCUCAAAAUCAUGUAUACUAUGCAAGAAAAAAAGAUGAACAAACACAUGAUUCCCUCAAAAUAGUAAACAAGACAUGUUUUUUGAAGUUAUUGCUCCAAACUGAGGCAAUAUCAUUAGUAGUUACAACACCUAGUUGAAACGAUGACGAUAUAAUGAACUGGACAUCUACUAGUAAGUACAAGGUUAAGUAGAAUUAUGAUGGUCCUUUGCAUUAAGGGGUUUUGCACUUAAACUGAGAAUCAAGCCAAAGCUGUAAAUGAAUCCAUUCUUGGCAGCCCGUUAAUUCUGCUGUAAUAAUUCUUUUAAUUGACCGGCCUUUCACCGUCAGACAAGAACUUUGGCCGACAGAAGUCAACGCCAUUUCGUCUUGUCAGUUUCCCACUCAUUAAGGCGUUGUUGAAACGAAGUGCUCCCUUAAUAGCUUCUUGACUGCACCUUAGCAACUUCAGCUAGUAAUCCUCAUCGUUCCCCUCCUCGCCUUUCGGCCGGGGGACAUCAGACACAAUAAUUAUAACAGAUUUGUAACGAAGCCUGUGACAUGGCUGCCACACACUGUCCACACUGGGGAUUUCAGACUAGGCCUGUAUCCCUCUAUGUCCCAAAAUGGUUCCCCUUAAAUGUAGCAGUUAUACAGAAGGUUUAAGGAAGCAUUACUGUUAUCAGCGCAGUUGAUACUGCUGUACAAAAAAACUACUGCAGAGAGAGAAAUGUGAUGGAGAAGUACUAUAAAGUAAUCCCAUGGGUACUGUAGUAUUGUGCACAUAUGAUGAUGCCAGGCACUGACACUGCAUGGCGUAACACCAACAAAGAUCAAGCAAAAUGACAAAAAGUCAAGAUAUGAUAUGAAAACACAUAAAUAUGAGGAUAACGCACCUCUAGGUAUUUUGGCCUUUAUAAGAUUUUUUCCUGUUGUUUUAUUCUGCUGUAAUUCACUUAGAGGGUAGACGGGAUGUUCUUGUAUAUACUGGAAUGUAUGUAGUUUAAUUUUACUUUUUGACCAAUUGUGUUCCGUCAUUCAAGGGCUCCGGGAUAGAGUGGGUCUGCUGGAAAUUGGGGAAAGACAUUUAUCAACCACUGGGAUUUCUUGUUUGUUUUUGUUUCUGUUUUCCAGUCUGCCCUUACUGCACCACACAACACAGUAUAAAACUCUCACCACAUAUCUAGUGCAGAGAUAAACGAGUAAAAAGUGCUUUUAAAUUUUAUUCCAUCGCUUUCAAAUGUGCCACUCAGUGUCUGUUAGGACGUUUAAAUUAUUUUAUGAAUGAUAAAAUGCCAAAUUAAGGGGUUAUUUAUAUGAAGAUAUAUAUAUAUAUAAAUAAAUCAAUAUAUAUAUUAUAUAUAUUAGAUAUAAUGUGUAGUUUAAGAUUAUUAUGUUUGUUAGAGGCUUUUUUGCACUAGUUGAAUGUUUAUGUUGUGUGAUUACAUGUAACCUUUGGCUCUAGUUUGUCGAAAAAAGCAGAUUAUUUUUGCAGAGCAACGUCACCGAUUUGAGUUCCUCGGUUUCUACUGUAUCUCCUCUGUUUUCUAUUUUAACUGUAGCUUGUCAACAAACCAUUCUGUGCGCGUUUUUGUAUUUAUAUUGUAUUGUUGAACUUAUAGCAAUGAAAAUACCGUUGUUAUCCAGCUCCUUUAAUACUGUUUUAUAGUAUGUGUACCAAUAAAUCCAGGUGUAAAA